UUCGCCCGCGAAGGUCCUCGCGAAAAAAUGAUUAGAAGAUGGUCAUGGGGUUGAAAGUACGGUGAUGAAGUACACGUUUUUCUUUUUCCUUCUCUCUUUUCUUCGUAGUAGUGGAUGGUGCCGUGCUUUAGGUUCUGCUUGUCCUGAAGAAACAUGUACCCUGGCUAACCGAGAAUCGUGUAGUUUGGGUUCAAUUCAAUGUGGCAGUUGCCUCCAAGGAUUUUUUGAAGUUGAGGGAGCAUGCCUACCCAUUGAAUCGAGUCCCAACGACGAUGACWCUUGGGAGACCGAGUUAGAAGGAACCGAUGGGAGCGAUUUAAACGUUUUAUUCGACGCAACACAGGCUCCGUCGACUGAAAAACAAACAGAAAAACAACWCAACUCGCCAGAUUCUUCCCCUGAUUCGAUUGAUUUUACAACUCCUUCUGCGCCAGCAACUGCAGYRGAGGAAAAUUCAAAUAAUUUACACAAUAAAAACUAUGAUUUAGWAGGAAAAGUAGCGGCGAAAGACGCCGAAUCGUCAGAACAUGGAACAGAACACGACUCGAAGMAAAAUGGAGCGAAAAAAAUCCAGUCUUCAAAUGAUUUUAAAUCCAAAUCCAAAGAAUUAAAAAAUAAAGAGGACGCCAAUCGGAAACGAAAACUUCUAUUGAAAAAGCAAGACAAAAAUUUACAGAAAAAGMAUAAGGAAAUGGAUGAAGAAAAGUUGAACAAAUUUCUCUCGAAGAAAGACAGCAGCGACAAAGUUAUGUCCUCAGAGGACGGAGUGAAUUUGGAAGGGAAUUCCAGCUCUAAUCCACCUCCGUUCAUAAGAAAGCAUAAAAUUGGAAAAGGGGAAGAACCAAAAGCCUCGGAAAUGGACGACAUUUAUUUUCUGUUUAUAGUYAUUGGGUGCAGCGUGGCUGGUAUUGCAGGUCUUGGAUUGGCUGGCUACUGCUGGUAUAAACUUCAUACUACAGCUAAAGCUGUAAGUGAAUCAGAAUAUACAGGGUACGGUAUGAAGGGAUCCACAAAACGACCUCCAUCUUUACAUGGUGAUGACAAGUUAGACUACAAUGCUGAAAUGUACCAUUAUCAUCAAACUAAAAGUCAGUUGGCUGCUAUGGAAAAACGGGUGACAUGACUGUAGUCAACCCAYUGUUCAGUGAUCAAGAAGCUGUUGGUAGUGACCAGGACGCUAAUGGUAAYAGGAGUGGACACAGUUCACCUACAUCGUCCAGGCAUAGUACUACUACCAAACCAGCGGAAUAACUCAUCUAGUGGGGCUUGUUGAUAAUUAUUAAUUAGUUAUUAAUGAAUUAAUUCUCUAAAGGAUAUAUURUUAAUUAUUUCAUUCCUAGACCAUUUUACUAUAGAAGGCUAGACUGUUUAAUGGGGCUUAUAUACAAUAUUUUAUAAAUGGGGUUAAUAAUCUUGUGUCAUAUACGUACUGUAGUGAGCAAUAUAUCUCAUAUCACGUCACCAAAAUUAUUGCAAGGGGUAUAUUUUGAUAUUGUUUUUUUUUUUCGUAAAAAGAUGGGAAUUUUCUAUCAUUUUUUUUGCAUGCAUCCAUUUUAUGAUAUGAUAUAAAACAUUUCUCAGUAAAAAAAGGUAUGAGUUAUUAGAGAUUUUAUUCUCAGUUCAAAUGAACCCCACUAAGAAUUUAAAAUAUGUGACAGUGAAUAGUGGUGUCUAAAGUCUAAAUUCUAUUAACAUUACUAUUGGCAUUUGAAAUGAGAAUUUGUAUAUUUCUAAUCUGUUUCUUGCCCAAGUAGUUUUGGGGUUAUAAUAYCUGGGAAAGAACAAGACAGGAAUAAUAGUGUAAUGUAGUUAAAAGACUGCCAUAAACUGCAAUUUUUUAGCACCUGAGCACAACAGCUCUUGAGGUGAUAGUGCUUAUGGGAAUUUCAGUAGAAUAAAAUCAGGAAAAA